UAUACACUCUAGGAGUCCACUACUUGUAUCGUCUCCAUACUUCUCUACCUCUCCAUUAAUAUCUCAGAGAUGUCGACCAAUACAUCUCUGGAGUAUAUAUAGAUGAUCUUGGAGCUAGCAUUGAUAGUUUCAUUGUUUAGUAUAUAAUAGCAGCACAAUGAACUCGUUAUCGAAAGCUAUGAGCGCGCCAUAUCUUCCAGUGACUUCUCCCGCCAGUAUUAAUACUAGUAACAUCCACCGGUCAUAUCAUGAAGAUCAUAACCACAAUGACCUUAUAAUAGAUUUAGGACUCAGCCUUGGUAAUUCUCUUCAAGUACCCGAUGAUCAAGCUUACCAUUCCUCGUCAGGACAAUUUGUCAAUUCAGCAGAUUAUGGUGAGCUUAUAGGUUGGUCUCAUCAGUUGAAUAACCCCUACAUGAAAGCCUCCAUCUCAAAUGUAUAUCAGACAAUGGUAAUGUUAGAUGAUGAAGAAACGGAAGUUGUUCAGAGCAAAGAGAGAUGGGCUUAUGUGAAGGUUAACAUGGAAGGAAUCGUUAUUGGUCGUAAAAUAUGCAUCCAUGAACAUGCCGGUUUCACAAGCCUGGCUAUUCAACUUGAGGACAUGUUCGGUAGACACAGCAUGUUUGGACUACGCUUAUUUGAUACGGAAUCGGAAUUUUCGUUGUUUUAUAAAGACUCAACUGAGAGUUGGAGGACUGUUGGUGAUGUACCAUGGAAGGAGUUCGUGGAACGUGUGACGCGCUUACGAAUUACUCGAAAGGACGGCGUCUUUUUCCCCCCUUCAGUAUCGUCUCUAUUCACCUAAGUUGUGUCUCUCCGGAAACCUUCUUAUUGUUUGUCUUGUUUAUCAAGUGUAAUUCAGUAACAUCUGUAAAUGUGUUAUUUGUGAAGCUACAUUUACCGGUGGGUAAUGGCUGGAGAAUUCAAAUCAAAUAACGCUUGAG